AUGGCGGUCACUGAGCAGAAAAUCUACAUCGACGAAGAUGUCGGAAAGGACGACUCGUCGGCCAGCGGCACCGAGGCUGCUCCCUACAAGACCCUACUCCACGCUAUGCUGCAGCAUGCCCCCUCCACCGAAGGAAUCAAGUACUUAGUUCGCAAGUCGCUUACAGGCGCUGUUGAAGAGGGCAAUGAAGCCGCCCGUCUUGAGUGGAAACCCCCCUCCGCGUCGGCCAUGAAGAAGAUGACGAAACAGUAUGAGGGGGCCCAGAAGAAGGCUGCCAAGGCCCAAGAACUUGCAAUUCGCGAAAAGGCAGAGGCUGAGAAGCGUCAGGCUGUGCUUGAGGAGGCCAAGAAGGUUGUCAUCACCGAGAACCCUUCUCUUCCAAAACCAGUGCGCAUUCGGCUAGAUGUUACGGACCCAGCGAUCAUCAAGCUGCGUGCACCAGAGUCCGACGAGCCUGGCACUCGUGUCCGUGUCCUCGGUCGUGUACAUCGCCUGCGGUCACAGAAGGACGUCAUUUUCAUCACACUUUCUGAUGGAUACGGAUUCCUUCAGUGUAUCCUGAUGGGCGAUUUAGUCAAGACCUACGAUGCGAUGACCUUGACUCUGGAGACGUCCAUUGCAAUCCACGGUGAGAUGCGCGCAGUGCCUCCCAAGCAACAUGCGCCCAACAACCGAGAGCUGCACGCAGACUUUUUCACGGUCAUUGGCAGGGCUGCCGGUGACAAGGAGGCCAUAACCAACCGCGUUUCAGCGGACUCUGAUCCUCAGACACUGUACAACAACCGACAUCUGGUUCUCCGUGGUGAGACAUCCUCUGCCGUAAUGAAAGUGCGAGCAGCGACUUUGAGGGCGUUUAGACGGACAUUCGAGGAGACCAAGAUGUUGGAAGUGACGCCGCCUUCGAUGGUGCAGACACAGGUCGAGGGUGGCAGCACACUGUUCUCAUUUGACUACUACGGCGAAGCGGCGUAUUUGACGCAGUCAUCGCAGUUGUAUCUCGAGACCUGCUUGGCGUCUCUCGGAGAUGUAUUCUGUAUUUGCCCGUCGUUCCGUGCGGAGAAGUCGCUUACACGGCGCCACUUGUCGGAGUACACACAUAUUGAGGCAGAGUUGGACUUUAUCACUUUUGAUGAUCUCCUUGAGCAUCUUGAGGAAGUGAUUUCCCGCGUAAUCGGGUAUCUGCUUGAGGACGAGCAGAUUGCCCAAUACGUUAAAGAACUCAACCCCGAUUUCAAAGUACCGCAACGUCCAUUUAAGCGGAUGCGAUACUCGGAUGCGAUUGAUUGGUUGAAAGAACACGACAUCCCCAACGAGGAAGGCCAGCCGCAUCAAUUCGGCGACGACAUUGCCGAAGCGGCCGAACGCAAGAUGACUGAUAUCAUCAACCAGCCUAUUUUCCUGACGCAUUUCCCGGCUGAGAUCAAGGCAUUCUACAUGAAGAAAGACCCGCAGGAUCCGCGUGUCACAGAGAGCGUCGACGUGCUGAUGCCUGGCGUAGGUGAAAUCGUGGGAGGAAGCUGCCGUAUCGAUGACUGGGAUGAGUUGAUUGCGGCUUAUAAGCGAGAGGAGAUGGAUCCAUCGCCGUAUUACUGGUACACCGACCAGCGAAAAUACGGAACAUCUCCCCACGGAGGCUACGGAUUGGGUCUUGAGCGUUUCCUAGCCUGGAUUUGCGGUCGCUACACGGUCCGCGAGUGCUGCUUGUAUCCGAGAUUCACGGGUCGCUGCACUCCGUAA